CAGCUGUCUGUCUUGUUGCUGGGUGUUGGAGCAUUGUGGUGAUUGGCUGCGGAGAGAAUCCUUCUGGCGGACGUUAGGCCGGCGAGCUGAAGAGGACUCCUGACUCGAGGAAGGAAAAUGGCGUACAGUCAGGGAACAAAGAAAAAAGUGUGUUAUUACUACGAUGGUGAUGUUGGAAACUAUUAUUAUGGACAAGGUCAUCCCAUGAAACCUCAUAGAAUUCGUAUGACACACAAUCUACUUCUUAACUAUGGCCUGUACCGUAAGAUGGAAAUCUAUAGACCUCAUAAAGCAAAUGCAGAAGAAAUGACCAAAUAUCACAGCGAUGAUUACAUCAAAUUCCUGCGGUCCAUUCGGCCAGAUAACAUGUCGGAGUACAGCAAGCAGAUGCAAAGGUUUAAUGUUGGAGAGGACUGUCCUGUAUUUGAUGGCUUGUUUGAGUUCUGUCAGUUGUCGACAGGUGGAUCUGUAGCAAGUUCUGUUAAGCUGAACAAACAGCAGACAGACAUUGCAGUAAACUGGGCUGGCGGCCUUCACCAUGCCAAGAAAUCAGAGGCCUCUGGAUUCUGUUACGUGAACGACAUUGUUCUUGCCAUCUUGGAAUUGCUUAAGUAUCACCAGCGGGUUUUGUAUAUAGAUAUUGACAUUCACCAUGGUGAUGGUGUGGAAGAAGCAUUCUACACCACAGACAGGGUCAUGACUGUCUCCUUUCACAAGUAUGGAGAAUAUUUCCCUGGCACUGGGGAUCUGAGGGAUAUUGGGGCUGGAAAAGGAAAAUACUAUGCAGUAAACUACCCUUUACGGGAUGGAAUUGAUGACGAGUCUUAUGAAGCCAUAUUUAAACCGGUGAUGUCCAAAGUAAUGGAAAUGUACCAGCCCAGUGCGGUGGUUCUGCAGUGUGGGGCCGACUCGCUUUCUGGGGACAGACUUGGGUGUUUUAACUUGACCAUAAAGGGUCAUGCUAAAUGUGUGGAGUUUAUGAAGACCUUUAACCUUCCAUUACUGAUGCUUGGUGGGGGAGGUUACACUAUCCGAAAUGUUGCCCGCUGCUGGACCUUUGAAACGGCUGUAGCACUGGAUACAGAGAUCCCCAACGAGCUUCCAUACAAUGAUUACUUUGAAUACUUUGGACCAGACUUCAAGCUACACAUUAGCCCAUCCAACAUGACCAACCAGAACACCAAUGAGUACCUGGAAAAGAUCAAGCAGCGUCUGUUUGAGAACCUACGUAUGCUCCCACAUGCUCCUGGGGUUCAAAUGCAGGCCAUCCCUGAGGACUCGGUACAGGACGACAGUGGAGAUGAGGAUGAGGAAGAUCCAGAUAAACGCAUUUCCAUUCGCUCUUCAGACAAACGAAUUGCUUGUGACGAGGAGUUCUCAGACUCUGAGGACGAAGGAGAAGGUGGUAGAAGGAAUGUGGCCAAUUUCAAAAAAGCGAAACGUGUCAAAACAGAGGAGGAGAAAGAUGCAGAGGACAAAAAAGUAUCUCUUACAGAUAACAAGGAGGAGGAAAAGGUUAAGGAAGAGAAGACAGAGGCCAAGCGGGUAAAAGAAGAGACUAAAUCUGCCUGAGUGCUCCUGGUAGACGAAAGAGAUCCCGAGACCAAGUGAUCCUUGUGGUUUUAUAUUUUAUAUUGCCUGUACAGAAACAUUUAUAUAAAAUAUGAAGACCUGGACUGGCUAAGUUAUUUGUUCCAGAGGCUAUUGUGGGAGGAAAGGGGGGAUAAUGUUAAGAGGGAAUUUUCAUAAUGCCUCUAGUAUGAAUGUGUUUUUAGAGUUAAAUAGUACACUUGGUCUGUGUUGCAGUAGCACGAGCCCUGCUUCUCUAAUGCAAGAAAGAGAUUAACUGUCAACCUUGGUUUUUACUCUGUUUUAAUGCAAUGCCGUAAGAAACGGUGCAUUAUGGGAACAUCCCUGCCAGUUCCCACGUAAACACUCCUGCUGUUGUCCACAACCAAACUGCUCUGCUUUCAUACAUUGGGAGAGAGAAAUUCACCUUUAGGCUCAGGGUUUAGUUAGUAAGGAAGAUGGGGGACCCUGCUGUCUUCCAUUUGGUGGUAACCAUAUGCUUGUAGGAGGGGGGGUGCAUGUCCCCUUUCCUAAAAGUUUUCAGGGAUUCCUUGUUGACCAUUGCUGCUAACUCAUUUCGAUGUUAUGAAGCAGAAGGUGUGAGGAGGUGGAGAAGCCUGCUCAGCAGUUAUGGGCUUGAAUUACGCUUUGGGCUUCAUAUAAGUGGGGGUUAAGAUAUUUGGAGCAAAGGGGAUGCAGGGUUUUUAUGUCCAUUGUGUGCUGGAAUUUUUUUAUGGUAAAUUGUGGAGAAUCUUUUGUAAUAAUAAAAUGUUAUAGAACA